CCAAAACCGCACGCGGGCACGCGGCUAAAAAUUGGCCGUUGGUAGUUUCUGAGCCCUUCGAUGUUUGAUGCAUCCAACUUGGGCGUGGUUUGCGUGAAAAUCCGCAAAGUUUCAGAGCUGAAACUGAUCAUCGACAAUUUGAACGAUGAUUUGGUGCUGAAGACCGAUUUGCUGAUCGGCGAAAAGCUGCUGGAUGAGGGGAAGCAAAUGGGUCUCAUCGGAAAGGAGGUGGUAGAGUCGCUGGUGCAGUUGGAGGCCCACAUCAAGGAGCACCAUGUGCUGAACGGCCAGGGCAGGUAUGAUCCUGCAAUAGACCUCUCCUUCCUCAACAUGUCCAAUAUGAAGGACAGCUGUAAGCAACUGAAAGAGCAGAUGCGAAAGCAGGAUGAAGAAAAGAGGCGGAAGGAGCAGGAAGAUCUGCAGGCUCAGAUGGAUGAAGAGGACUUGCGUGAGAAUCAACAGCUACUGCAAGAGGCAGGAGAUCUAUCUUACAAGGUCCCCACGAGAGACUGGGUGGCUCCCAAUAUCCAAGAGGAAUUUCAUCCGAAACCUUUGCCCAGCGACGAGCCCUUGAAAAUCAACAAGACGGAACGUCGAAUCACACGCUAUAUGACUGCCGAGCCAGAUGACAAAGGGAUCGUGAAGGUGUACAUUGAUGACCCUGACGUGGCAAAUGCAUCGAAAGAGAAUAUCUCAGUUUCGUUCAGCAUGAGAACCUACACCGUCCGGGUCAAGUCUUCGCCACCCUUGCUGUUGGGCCCCGUGGAGUGUGAUGUCAUCGACCCCGACCGGUCGACCUGGCGUUUCUCUCCGGGCAAGCGGCUGACGCUGUCCUUGAUGCUGUCCGAAGCUGGCAAGAUCAAUCAGCAGAACAAGAAGAGAUGGGAUGAGUUGCAAGCCAAAAUGAAAGCUGAGAAGGAGGAGAAAGGUUCCAGCGGUUCGACCGCAGCGGCGAAAGUUGAGCCCAAGCCUGCCGAGCACAGGUCCAGCUCCAAUAGCCUUCCUGAUCGUUACAGAGCAUACGUCAUCGCUUUCAUCCUGGCCUUGUUCUCCAUCGGCUACGGGCUCCUGCUGGCUUCACGAUAGGUCCUGUCCGCAGAUCCGCAGAUCCGCGGCAAAAAGUGUGUGUUGUUGCCGGGCCUCCAGUGCCAUAGUGCCUAACUCGGAAAA